CUGUCAAAUUUGUUGUAAGUGCUAGAUCAAACAUGGAGAACUUUCUGGUGAAAGAAAACAACACGACCAGCCCAGUGAUGUAUUUACCAGACAACGCCAGUGGCGCCCACCUGAACGCAGUUCACAAUGAGAGUCUGAGCAGAGCCGGCGACACUAAAAGUGACCAGCUCCCCCGUCCUGAAGAGAACAGAUCGCUUUUUGAGAACCUUCCCGCUUUGCCUAGGAAGCUCGCCUCCAAACGCGGGAGGAGGACGUACAUCUGCGACCAGUGUGGGAAGACGUUCCGGAGGAAAAGGCGUCUGACGGCCCAUCUGCGGAGUCACGGCGUUGAGAGGCCGUACAGCUGUGUCCAGUGCGGGAAGAGUUUUAUUCAGAAGGGGAAUCUGACAAUCCAUCAGCGCGUCCACACCAGAGAGAGUUUACCUCAGGCCUGAACUGGAGGGAAGUUUAUCAGAACCUUGUCAUCAACGUACAUCGACCACACGGUGUGAAAUGUACAUUUGAACUUAACAGCUCAAAUAAAAGUAAUUCGGAGAGCAAAGUAA